AUGUUCUUACAGCCAGCACCCCUGCUCGAGGUGUCAUCCUGGAGCCCUAUGGCGACGAAGGAAGAGGUGUGGCAGGCAAAGACACCAAUCAGCAAGCUGGACCCGAAGCCGGACGCGUCGCGGCCGGUGCACACCAGCGGUCGUCUAGUGCCAUUAGAGGCACAUAUUAUGAGCAAGUGCCCGGAUGCGCUGGACUGUCUGCGCGAUCUUGUGCUUCCCACGAUGCAGCAGGUUGUUAACAAAGUGAACUUUACGCUCUCUUUCGUUGGAAAGCCAACAGCCGACGGUGGCGUCGAGUGCAAGCACGGUCCUGCUGAGUGCAUGGGUAACAUCCUCGAGCUCUGUGCGCACCAGCUGAAUCCUGACCCGAAGAUCUACCUUGGAUUCACGUUGUGUAUCACGCGUGAGUAUGACCGGAUCCCGGACCGCGAGCUGAUCGAGGGCUGCGCGUUGGAGCAUGCCGUCGACUUCGCAGCGCUUAACGAGUGCGCAACGCGGGACGACGGGCAGUAUGCGAUGAACCUGCUGCGGGACAGCGUCCAGCACACGGCGGCGGCGGGCGUGACAAAGAGCUGCACGGUGCGGUUGGACAACAAGAUAUACUGCAUCCGCGACGACGGCGAGUGGAAGGACUGCCCGUCGGGGCCGGGUGUGCACGAUCUAAUUGUCAACGUGGAGAAGCUGUACCGGAGGAACUGA